AUGGAGGGACGAAAUCCUAUACCUGAUGAUCAAGCUGAAGGACUGCACCCUUUCACGCCAAGAGUAAUGAGAGCGAUCAUACCAGAAAACAAAAUGCUUCCUUUGAUGGAGAAAUAUGGAGGCUUAUCUGACUCGGUCAAACACUUGCGAUCUUUUGUGGAUGCUAUGGUUGUGUACUCGUCGGACGAGUUAGUAUGGUGCAAAUUUUUUUCCCUUUUACUGAAGGAAGAAGCGUUAGAUUGGUUUCAUUCCUUGCAACCGGGAACAAUCGACAGUUUUGCCGUACUUAGGCAAUUGUUUACCCAACAGUACGCUUCAAGCAAAACACUUGGAGUGACAUACACAACUCUGGUGAGAAUGAGACAAGGACGAGAUGAGUCCCUCAAGGUGUUCAUGGAUAGAUUCAAUCGUACCGCUCGGCAAGUAAAAAACGUAGAUCAAAGAUUGAUCGUAAGUGUGCUAACGGCAGCACUAAGACUUGGCCCAUUUUGUGAUUACUUGCAUGCAGAAGAACCUCAGAGUAUGGAUGAGUUACAAAACAGGUUGGCAAGUUUUAUUCGAAUAGAGGAGGGAAGAGCACAUCAACGAGGAAGAGAGGAAAUUGAACCGAUGGUCCGAGCGGGCAGAGAUAGGGGCGCUGGACAAUCGUUCGGGAGAAAUGAUAGAAGAGGCGGUCAUCGAAGUAGGGACCAAACCAAAAUCCAACAAUAUGUCCAUCACACCCCAUUGAAUGCGCCCCGAGCAAGGGUAUUGGAGGAAGCUCUAAGAGUCGACCUUAUGGCUGUAGUUCAAAUACCAACACUAGUAGGGGCUGAUGAGAGUAAGUACUGUCGGUAUCAUCAGAACCGAGGACAUACAACGGAGGAUUGUGUCACAUUAAAGGACAAGUUGGAAACUUUGGUCCAGGCGGGACAUCUACAAAGGAUGAUCCGAUGGUCAUAUGAUUGCUCGAUACCAAGUCGGGAAAGUUUUGGGUUUUAUGUUGACUUCGCGAGGCAUAGAGGCCUAUCCGGACAAAUGUCGAGCCGUUCGGGAGAUGAGAAGCCCAAGUAA